ACCGUGCAGCGCUGCGGAGGGAGCGCGCGGGCCGGGCCGGGGGAACAAAGGAGUCAGCGCCGCUGCCGCCUCCGGGACGCCCAUCCGGGGGGCCGCCGCCACCAUGAGCGCCAACGGCACAGCCGAGGCGCUGCAGAUCCAGUUCGGCCUCAUCAACUGCGGCAACAAGUACCUGACGGCCGAGGCGUUCGGCUUCAAGGUGAACGCGUCGGGCAACAGCCUGAAGAAGAAGCAGAUCUGGACGCUGGAGCAGCCGCCCGACGAGGCGGGCAGCGCGGCCGUGUGCUUGCGCAGCCACCUGGGCCGCUACCUGGCGGCCGACAAGGACGGCCACGUGACCUGCGAGCGGGAGACCCCCGACGCCGACUGCCGCUUCCUGGUGGUGGCGCACGACGACGGGCGCUGGUCGCUGCAGGCCGAGGCGCACCGGCGCUUCUUCGGCGGCACGGAGGACCGGCUGUCGUGCUUCGCGCAGAGCGUGUCCCCGGCCGAGAAGUGGAGCGUGCACCUGGCCAUGCACCCGCAGGUCACGCUCUUCAGCCUGGCCCGCAAGCGCUAUGCGCACCUGAGCGCGCGGCCGGCCGACGAGCUGGCGGUGGAGCGCGACGUGCCCUGGGGGGUGGCGGCGCUGGUCACCCUGGCCUUCGAGGGGCAGCGCUACAGCCUGCGCGCCGCCGACCACCGGCUGCUGCGCCGCGACGGCCGCCUGGUGGCGCUGCCCGAGCCCGCCACCGCCUUCACGCUCGAGUUCCGCGCGGGCCGCGUGGCCUUCCGCGACUGCGACGGCCGCUACCUGGCGCCGUCGGGCCCCACCGGCACGCUGAAGGCGGGCAAGGCCACCAAGGUGGGCAAGGACGAGCUGUUCGCGCUGGAGCAGAGCUGCGCGCAGGUGGUGCUGCAGGCGGCCAACGACAGGAACGUGUCCACGCGCCAGGGGAUGGACCUGUCUGCCAACCAGGACGAGGAGACAGACCAGGAGACUUUCCAGCUGGAGAUCGACCGAGACACCAAGAAGUGUGCCUUCCGCACGCACACUGGCAAGUACUGGACGCUGACGGCCGCAGGGGGUGUUCAGUCCACUGCCUCCACCAGGAAUGCCAGCUGCUACUUUGACAUCGAGUGGCGAGGCCGCCGCAUCACCCUGCGUGCCGCCAACGGCAAGUUCCUCACCGCCAAGAAGAAUGGGCAGCUGGCUGCCUCCGUGGAGGCCGCAGGGGACUCGGAGCUGUUCCUCAUGAAGCUCAUCAACCGGCCCAUGAUUGUGCUGCGUGGGGAGCACGGCUUCAUCGGCUGCCGCAAAGUGACGGGCACGCUGGAUGCCAAUCGCUCCAAUUACGAUGCCUUCCAGUUGGAGUUCAACGACGGCGCCUACAACAUCAAAGACUCCACCGGCAAGUACUGGACAGUCAGCAGCGACUCGACGGUCAGCAGCAGCAGCGACACGCCCGUGGACUUCUUCUUUGAGUUCUGCGACUACAACAAGGUGGCCAUCAAGGUGGACGGCCGCUACCUGAAGGGGGACCACGCGGGCGUGCUCAAAGCCUGCGCGGACUCCAUUGAGCCUGCCACACUCUGGGAGUACUAGCCGCUGGCCCCGCCUCCAAUCCGGAGACACGCCCACGUCAGGCUCUGGGCCCCGCCCCAACCACGCCCCCAAACGGCCCUGGCCCCGCCCCUGCCGUGUGGGUCCCCUCCCUCUGCCACGUGCCUGCCUGGCACCUCUUUUCUGACCUCGGCCGACUCUGAGCCUUAUGCCCCCGUCCCCCGGGGACCCCGGGUGUAACUGGAAGUCCUGCCUGACCCCACCCCCAGCUCCCCAUGCUGGGACCCCAGCCCCUCCACCCCUGCCCCCUCACCUGGCCUGACUGGAAGCAGAAAGUGACCAAAUCAGUAUUGUUUGCUUCUUAUUUUUUAAUGGAAACUCAUGGGGUACAGCCCACGGGGGCAGGGGCAUCUCUGGAUGUAUCUUGGGGAACCCCUGCCCCACCUUCAUGAACCUCCCCCACCCACCCCAUGCCCGGUGGUGCUAGACCCUGCGAGACCCCCCAGGCCAACUCACUUCCAUCCCCCGUGGGACCGGUGCCCCUUGUCCCACUGGAGUCCGUGGUCCCUAUCUGUGAGACCAUCACUCCCACUCUCCGGGGUCCUGGAUGCCUGGCCCCUAGCUCUGGCUGCAUCUCUUCUCCCUCCCCCCCCAUCUGUCAUCUCCAUGGUGGGUGCCCCUCCCCGGGCCUCUCCAUCUUCUACUUUUUUGUAAGUGGCAUUUGUGUGACUCAGGUCACCACGUUGUAGCUUCUGACUGGAAAGAGGAAAAUCAAUAAACAGUGUGACUGCA